AAGGGCAUGAGGAGGGAAAGGGAGGCAAGAGACCGGCCUUUAAAACACGCAGUGGGAAAGUCAGUGGGACAGUCACACAUGGCAGCGUGGAGCUCAGACCUUUCAAGACCAGGAUUUGAGUCCCUGGAGGGAAAGGAAAACACAUUACGCCAACAAGAGUUAUUGGGCAAGACUUCAACUCACCAAGAUUCACCUGCCUGUGUAACAUGAUUCUAAUUCAAGUCAUUCUCUAUGGGAGGUUUAGCCAAACGCCUUAAAUGUAUUGAAGACAUUUCUGCAGUGGCCAGGAUGAGUGUUUGGCUGACUAAAGGGCUAGACCUUGACUGACAGCAUGGUGGACCUCAACAUCGAUCCACCAGACGGAGGGUAUGGCUGGGUGGUGGUCACUUCGGCCUUCUUCACCAUGGGCCUCACCACAUCCGUCCUGAGGAACUUCGGCCUGUUCUUCCUCCAUAUCCAAAACUACUACAGUGUUCCCACCAGCACUGUGUCAUGGGUCACCUCCACCGGCAUUGCUACAUUUCAUCUAGGAGCUCCAGUUGCUGGAGCUCUCAGUGUCUACCUCACUCAGCGUGGAGUCAUUAUGAUUGGUGCAGCGCUGGCGGCCUCAGGGAUGAUCAUCGCCUCGUUUGGUCUGAGUCUACCAUGGAUGUACCUGUCUAUAGGAGUUCUGCAAGGACUCGGAGUCUCCUUCUGCUGGAUGCCCACCAACAGCAUGGUCAGCCACUACUUUAAACGCUGGCGUCCAGUGGCCUUUUCCAUCUCCAGCUCUGGGGAAUGUGUCUUUUCCAUGGCGUUCAGUCCUUUCUUCCAGUGGCUGAUUGAGGCCUACUCAUGGCAAGGAGCUCUACUCAUAAUCGGAGGUCUUCAGCUUAAUCUUUGGGUGUGUGGGGCUCUAAUGAGACCCCUUACACCAAAAGCAUCUCCUCAAGGCAAGCUUAUGGAGGACUCUAAAGAACUGGACCAGAGUGGACCAUCCAAGAAGGCCCCUUUCCAGUGGUCUUUAAUCCGGAGGCCUGAACUGCUGCUCUACAUUGUGUUCGCCACUUUAGCCACUGCUGGCUUUUUCAUCCCUCCGCUGUUUCUGGUCCCGCAUGCUAAUCACCUGGGUGUGGAGCAGUACUGGACCGCCUCGCUCCUCUCUGUGCUCUCCCUGAGUGACCUGCUGGGCAGGCUGGCAGGGGGAUGGUUAGCUAACCUGCGACUGCUGAGGAACCUCCAGCAGCUGGCCAUGGCAGCCACUUUGCUGGGUGUGGUGUUGCUGCUCUUACCUAUAGGACAAAGCUACUGGGCAAUUGUAGUGUUCACUGCACUGUACGGCUUCCUGUUUGGCAGUGUGGUGGCCGUCCACAUUACCAGCAUAGUGGACAUAGUGGGGCUGGUGGGUUUCGACAGUGCGCUUGGACUCUUUAUGCUGUUUAGAAGCUCUGGGGCAUUAGUUGCCCUCCCUGCUGCAGGCUGGGUGGCAGACAGGUUCAAUGACUUCAGUGCUGCUUUCUACCUUGCUGGAUUCUGCAUCAUACUGUCAGCCAUUUUUGUGGUGGUAGUGGACAAGUUGGUGGAGAAUAAAAAGAAGAACGCUGCUGUAACAAACAUCCCUGAUCAAACUACUGACAUUUUAUAGCGACUGAAAAUACCAGCACUUUGCUGUGUGUGUGAACAGGAACAUAAAUAAGUAGUUUUGCAUAUUGAACAGUACAUUCUGUACAGAAUACUGUCUGUCAGGUUCCUACUUGCUCUCAGAAAAUAACACGUGACUGAGGUACAUUUCACUGGAGUGUUGACUGGAGUGCUACUGCUGCUUUUUCUAGCAAAAAGGAAGAUAUCACCAUCAUGAUAUGAAUGCUACAUGUGUUUAAGAAGCACAUUAAUGACUGUAAAAUGUUUGAAUGUAAAAAAAAAUACCAUAUCAGGGCACAUCUUUAGGAAAAUGAUUCACCCACUGAACUGUGAUUGUGAAAUAACUAAUAGGGAGUAGCAGUGUAUGCUGUAAUCACCAGCAUUCCCAUCAUUUUAGACUUUAUAAAAAAUCAUUAAUCAAGAAUGUUUUGUGUUUGUUUUUCUGUAAUAUUCAAGUACAGGUGAAUCUCACAGGUGAAUCUGAACUACAACCACAAAUCAGAAAGAAAGUUGGGACAGUAUACAAAAUGUGAAUAGAAAGUGCAGAAAACAAUUGCUUCAGUUUUUAUUUAAUUGUAGACAAUAUGAGCCCAAUAUAUGUCGUGUUAUUUGCUCAACUUUACAGUACAAGUCAAAAGUUUGGACACACCUUUUCAUUCAGUGUUUUUAUUUCUUACAUUGUCAAGCAUUUUAGUGCUCUUAUCUGGGGUUAAGCUGUUAACUUGCAGUUUCUGAGGCUGGUAACUUUGUCUUCCUUUCCUGGGGCAGUCCUGAUAAAAGUCAGUUUAAUCAAAAACGUUUUUUGAUGGUCUUUGCCACUGCAAUAGAGAAUACUUUUCUUGAAAAAAAAUCAGAUUGACUGACUUUCAUUUUAUAAAGUAUUUUCUUCUUUACUUAGUUGAGUAGUUCUUGUCAUAAUAUGGAUUAGAACUUUACUCAAAUAGGCCUUUUUACUGUUGACCAACUCUACCUCUUCACAACACAACAGAUGCUCUCAAACACAUUAAAAAGCAAGAAAUUCAAGUUAUAAACUCUUAACAAAAUUAGCACAGCUGUUAACUGAAAGCUAUUCCAGGUGACGCUACCUUGUAAAGCUGACUGAGAAAAUCCAGCCAAGAUGUGCAAAACUGUCAUCUAAGCAAGAGGUGCUACUGUGAAAAAUGUAAUAUAUAAAAAAAUUCUGGUUUGUUUAACAUUUGUUUUUGUUUACUAAAUAAUUCCAUUUGUAUUUCUUUAUAGUUUUGACACUAAAAUUAAGAUUUGCCCAAACUCUUAAAUAGUUCUGUACAUUACAUCCAUUCCUGUGACACAGUCCAUAUGUGUAAUGUGGAAAUGUAGGACUGGCAAUGAGGUAAAAAAAAAAUAAU